CAGGCCACCGGACCGAACUCCUCCGCCGCAUUCAACCGGACGCUCUCAGUGUGCACCCGGAAGCUCUUGCUGGGCUCCAGGGGAAGCGGGGCGGGGUCUGACCUCUUUGGUGGUAACGCCUGGAGAAGAUGACAAAAGGUACAUCUUCAUUUGGUAAGCGACGAAAUAAGACACACACCUUGUGUCGUCGAUGUGGGUCCAAGGCAUACCAUCUGCAGAAAUCCACCUGUGGGAAAUGUGGUUACCCUGCAAAGCGUAAGAGAAAGUAUAACUGGAGUGCAAAGGCUAAAAGACGCAACACCACUGGUACUGGUCGCAUGAGGCACCUGAAAAGGGUCUACCGUCGAUUCAGGAAUGGAUUCCUUGAGGGUACCACACUGAAGCCCAAGAGAGUUGCAGCCUCCAGUUCAUCGUAAAGACUCAUCUAUUUGUUAAAAUAAAUGGUCUUAUCCAGAAAAUGUCACCUUUUAUAUGUUUUACUUCAGUGAAAUAUGGGACUUCUGAAAAUACAUCUAUUUACACACACAAAUUCUUGAUGGUAUGCACUGAAGCAAUUCAUUAAAAAAUCCUUUAAUUGACUUUUCAUUUGAUAGCACCUCCACCUUGAAAAGGACCAUUAUCUCUUUGCUGAACUUAAAAAGAGGUUUGUAUGUGUUACUCAAAAGAACUUACCUGCAAGAGAAAAGGCAUAUCAGCACUAUAGACUGAGUUUCAUUGUGCCCUAGCACAGAGGGUCAGAAUUUAUCUCAAAGAUAGUAACUUUUAAUAAUGGCUCUACGUGCUGUUCUGGGAGGGACUAGUUUAAGAGGGAUUCCCAGUCUUAACCACUGUUUACUCACUGUUCUGUGGCUCUGAAAGGCCUGCAAAAGUGUUGCCUAUUCAGUGGGUCAUUGCUGCUUUAGUAAAAAGAAACUCCCAAGUCUGGAGCACACAUACUGCCAGAUAUGAAGGGACUGGAGAUCUGCUGUAGUUAAAUCAGAAGUUAUCCAAAUUAUCCAGGAAGGUCAGUGUGGAAAUUUGUCACACAAGGAGAUCAGAGUUAAUUAUGCUGGGUGUAAACAACAAAUGGUAGGUAGUAUGAUACAGAAGUCAGUGACUUGGGGGUAGGUUUGAAUUAUGGAUUGAUACCUGAUAAACUUGCACUCUACAUGGUGUGUUACUGAGUCACUCAGCUGGCACUCAAACUCAGCUUUAAAAAAAGUGAUCAUAAGAUGCUGUUAUGAAAGCUUUGGGAAUUCAGAAGAUAGUAAUCACUGCAAGGGUUUAGAGGAUUUUCAGAUGCCUUGAAGAGAACACAUAAAUAACACCACACCAAAAGCUUCUCAUACUUUAAGCUGCUGAGGCUGUUCUAUGAUUCCUUUGGUUUAAUCAUGAAUUUCCAGAAGUACCAUGCUGCUUUGUCAGCACUGAAGGAUCAGCAGUCAACAAAUGGAUCAGCUUGUGCAAAUCACUGAAGAAAUUUUCAGCCAGGUUUGAAAUUGGAGUGCACCUGACUGCACUUUCUUAUAUUUUAAAUGAAGUAUAGUUAAUGCUUUUGGAUAAUUGAGUGUAUCUACUUAAGCUGUUUCUAAAUAAAAAGAGAAAUCUUGCUGUUCUCAACAUGUAACAAA